UUCCACUUCCAGAAUUACAACUCAACUAAGUUAAAACCAGGGAGCAUGUAAGAAAACUUCAGAGGCUGGAGAGUUUCCUUUGAUAAUUAUUUAAACUUUGUGACUAUCACCUUCAUUAGAAUUUUAGUGUUGAAGUUGACAGGUAGAUUUUUGGGAACAGGCAAACCUCCAGUUACGAAAACUAUCUAUCAACCCACUAUAUCUUGUCCUUUGCUCCCUACCCCAAUAAGCACUUGUUUGAAGAUACAAUUCAAGCUUUUUUGAUUCCAGAAGUUGGCAUCACAAAGUGCUAAAGCAUUUAGAGGUUGGUUCAGGCAACCGCUUUUGAAAUCCUGCCUUCCAGCAUCUUUUCACCUACUCGUACCCACAUUCAAGGUGUGAAAAUCAGAAAGUUCAAGAGCCAAGAAAAUUGAAGUGAAUUUCAAAUAAUCCUACUAUUGAAUUUUCCCACUAAAGAUAGAGUAGUUUUGUCCCACUAAAGUAGUUUUGUUGUUGAACUUUUCUUUAAACUUUUUGUUUUAUUUUGUUCAAAUGCUCAGUACAUUGCUGCCUCUCUGAGUCAGUUCAACACUCAACCAGUUAAAAUGUUUGGAAUAAAAUGUCAUCAAGAUUUUCUUCUCAUCAUGUAGAUCUAAAGAUAAGCACCGAACAACUUCACAGUUAUGCGGGAACUUGCAUCCUAUCAUCAGCUCUGUAAUAGUGGACUUGAGUUGUCUCCAGUCCCUGGAGCAAGCUCUGACACAUCAUCUCCUCGGUCAAGCACUACAGAAGAUGAUUUACAUGAAGUCAACUAUUCAGAGCAAGGUGCUUGUAACACCACCAAACCCAUAUACAACUUUUCAAUUCCAGACUUCAUAAAACAUGAACGACAGCCUGCUCCAUCAGCUGCCAAUAACAUAACUACAAGUCAGCCAUCAGCACUGCCAGACAGGACUGGUAACACUAGGGAUACGAAAAGGAGACAUGACGAUAUAGACUCGGUUGAAGCUGUUCAAGUUGGCGAAUUACCCCGCACCAACAGCAGAUCUUCUUGUAGAAAAAAUAAAAGGAGACGAGUAGAUCAAACAGGAAAUGCACACAACCCAGAUUUUAUUGAUCUCACUGACGUUACAGACCAAGACGAAGCAGCGUCGGUCAGGGUUCUAGAAGAAAUCAAUCACAGUCCUUAUCUGGAUUCCUCUAUUGUUCUCGAUGCCAACAGACCUCCAUCUGACAGACGGCAGCAAACAGCAAACUCAUAUGAAUCUGUUGCCGAAAAUCUUCAGCGCUUCAGAAGGACACUGCGCGAAACUUUGAUUCGAAGAGAGGCCAAUGCCAGGGAGUCAAGGAUGUUCAAUCGGUUAUCACACCCCUCAAACCCAUGUACAGAUGCACCACGAGUCAUUUCAGACGGUCCCGCUUACACCCCGCAAAGGGACAUCGGUCCACAUCAAGUGAUUGGGAAUCCGCCAUCUUUCGACUUCAGGAAUGCAGAACCUCCAGUUAUUACUUUAGAUGAAGAAGCCGAAACUCCUACGCGGAACAGGGACCAUGAAGUUACCCGGAUGUUGUUAGAGGAUUCAUUGUAUUCGCUGCCUUUUGUCGCACCCUAUCAGAAUCGACUUGCUCCACCAUUAGAAACUAUAGAAGAAGACAUUGAUCGACGUGAAGAACGACGGCGCGAAAAUGAAAAUCACGUGCACCGCUUACGUCAACAAACGCAAGAGCGAAUCAAUCACGUUCGUAAUAGAAUAUCGAGGCUGGAGCAGCAUGUGAACAGUAGCAGCAACAACAACAAUAGAAAUGGAUUCUUCAUAAGAAUAUCGGAUUCCCCGCAAGAAAAUAGGAGUGCAGAGGACGAAGUUGAGUUUCUUAGGGAAUUGAGACCUCCACAAAAUACAUCGACGAUGUCAGCAAGACCAAACGAGGCCCAUGCUAGCAGCCAUUCAAACCUUGCGUGGAGUCAUUUAUCGCGAAGACGACGAUUUUCCAACCUUUUCUCAACUGCGAAUUUAGGUGUUCCUGAUUUUUUGUUUCCAUAUGUUCAUUUCAUAAAUCCAUCAGCCACGCCGAGAUUGCACCAUUUCCCAUCAACAUUUUAUGAUGAGGGCGAGGAUUAUGAGGCGCUGUGGACCCUUGCCGAGCGUAUAGGACCUGCGAAGCCAAGAGGCCUUAGCAAGACUGAAAUCGAUAGAAUCCACGCCUUCCGAUACAGUGCAUCGAAAGCAGAUGAGACGAACUCCACUUGUGUUGUAUGCAUGAGUGAAUACAGCUACAAAGAGAAGAUCAGAAAACUCCCAUGCACGCACGAUUUCCAUUCGAAAUGCAUCGAUAAAUGGCUUAAGUCGAACAAAACUUGCCCCGUUUGCCGCGACGAAGUGAGAUGCAUGUGAAUGGAAACUUCUUCAAUUGGCUAAUGUUGCUUUGUUACGUGACGUCAUUGGAUUGAAGGAGAAUUUGGUCUAUUGCAAUGCGGCGCUGUCGAUUUUCUUUUUACGGUGGAGCACCUAUCCUGCAAAAAGAGCAUAUUCCUACAAAUGACUGUGCAUACGUCUAUUUUAAUUAUUCAAAACUUGCUUAACGAUAAAUUUUGUUAUUUUGUAAUUAAUACGCGCAGACAGAAACUCUUCCAUUCUUUUUACUGUCAGUUGACUCUUAGAAUUAGGAUUGAGAAGCAUCCAUAAUGCCAUGGUCCCUAGAAGUAUGUUUGGCAGUUAGGCAGAUGACGUUACUUCAUUUAUAGAGUGUUUUAAGAAAACUGCUUUGGAUUUAUUGUACUCAGUUUACAGGUGACCACGUUCAUAGUCCGUAACCAUGUUUUUAAUAUGUUGACGUGUUUAAACCGAAAGUCUCCAAAUCAACUUAUUUUGUUAUUAAUAUUGCAUUUUUUAAUGCCAAUAAAGUUUUCCAUUUGUUCAAGUACUUAGCUACAUUUUCACCCAUUAAAUUUAUCGUUAGCCUUACAUUGUGCAAGAGAACCCCUUCCCAUUGCUGAUUAGCUUUAUUUCUGUAACACAAGAAACCCCUCCCUUCUUCAAGCCAUUUUGCGGCAUCAAGUCGGGCAACUGCUCACAAAUGCUGUCUGAAAGUCGAGUUUUCCUUGCCAAGGAAUUGCCGAGUUUAGUUAAACGUGUCUUGCUUCCGGCUGUUCCAUCACCUCUGAUUAUCAAAAAAUUUAAUAUCUUUAAAUAGGGUUUGUUAUUCAAAAGAAAUGGUAUUUAUCAUUGUUAAUGUUUUACUAGUCUACUUACCUCUGUUAUUGAUGUGUAACCAUAAAAAUGGCUAGAAUAUGAAAGGAAGUCGAAUGCAGUAUGGUGCGUGCUCUGAUGUCAUUGCAUAUUGGAUGCGAGACGCGUUGCGAGUUAUGAUUUGUAGGAUGUCUUUAAAGAAUUUCUCUGUAAAGGUCGUGAGAUCGUGUAUAAUUGUUUUGCUGUGAAUCCAGCCUGCGUGUAAAUUUGGAACGUCGUUAUUGUACGUUUUGCUAACACACUAGCCCGUGUGGUACAGUGUAAACGAAACUUUGAAACUUUGUCCUUUGCAAAAGGAGUGAUUUGUUGUUGUGAAGCUGGGCAGUUGUUCUCAGAAAUUUUAUUGAAACACUGAAGGACUUAUCAAAACUGGAGUUACAUUAUCACUGAUGGCAGAACUAGUAGAACACUCAUGGUUUGUUUUAUCCUUAUAUGACCCCAUUCUCCCAAUUAACUGGUUGAUUCUACUGUAAGUCAACCUCUGCAAACAUACAUUUCAUUCAUACCCCAGCUUUCACCCAGUAUAAAGUAUGUCAAAACAAAGAUAUCAUUACAUAGUUCAACCCAGGUCCAAUUAGCUUAAUAUUGAUUGGCGUUCGUUCCCUAUUUUCAACCCCCUGCUUUUGCAAAUGAAAGAACUUCCCCCACUAUCUAAUGCCUCGAGAACAACUGGCAUUGUAUGUAUCUCAGCAUAUUUGUGUAUAACUGUUAAUACUGGAUGCUCAAGCUUUCAUGAGGUUAUUAAGAAAUUUUCAUGAGGUUACUAAGAAAGUUCUCAGCCAUUUGUAAAAUCAGGUUAAGUUUCAAAAGUCGUUUGAGCAAUGUAUAUAUAAGGAGCAAUUUUUCAAAUAAUUUUCCAUUUCGUAAGCCUCAGAUACACCCGAAAUGUCUGUUUUUGAUAGGUUAGUUCCUUCAUUAUACCCAGAAAAGUCUUUUCAUCCCUGAAAAUGCUUAUGUUGUAAAAUACAAGAUUUGUGCAUCUUUUCGACAAAGUUGGUUUUGCAGUCACUUCGAGUGAGGAUAUCCUGUAACAGCCAAGAGGUAGCUUGUGGGUUGGCGUAAAAAGGACUCUAAGGAAAGUAUGCCGAGACUUCGAAAGCUUAUUCGUACCAAUUCUAUAAAUAGCAGUUUGGUUCCCAUUUCAAUUUACGAAAAUAGGUAUUAUUAUGUAUAUAGCAUCUUGGUAUGUAUUUUGAAAUCUUAUAUUAAUGAUUGUAAAAAUCUAAUUUUGCAAUAUAUAUAGCACUGUUGUUGAAAUCAUUAUGUUUAGUUUUCUUUUAGUUGCCUUCCAUUGUUUCCCACGUUGGGAAAUCCUU